GACCAUAUAUUUCUCUAUUUACACCCCCACCCACCACUACAUAGUACAACACCAUUCACUUUGUUAUCAAGAACCUUUCACCUCUCUCACCAACAAACACACCCUCCAAAUUUAGAAACCACUUUUCAUAUGGCAGACCCAACAAGUUUCAUAGCAACAUGGUUCACACCUUCUUCCAUUUUCAUCUUUGUAAACCUCGUCAUUGGUACCAUAGCUCUCGCUUCUCGCUUCAAUGCUCCACCCAAAAACCAAACCAACCAACAACAUCAUAAUCAACAACAACAACAACAACCUCAACAACUCAACCGUUCACCUUCCCUUCUUCAACGUGUCAGGUCCUUCAAUCUUAAUUACUACAAUAACAACCACCAUAACGAGUCAGAGCCCGAGUCCGAGCCCACUCAGCCCCAACUCGUUCGACAACCGUCUUUAUUACAGCGAGUCGUAUCCUUCAAUUUCAACAAACAUGAACCACAACCCUCACAAACACAUUACGCUCAACCCGAGUCAGAAUCCGAGUCCACCACUCAGCCUCAACUCGUUCGAAAACCGUCUUUCUUACAGCGAGUCAUGUCCUUCAAACCAUCACAACCUCAACAUGUUCAAGCUGAAUCUGAAAACCUGUCUUCCAACCAGAUUUGUGAAGAGGAGAAUAGUAAGGCGGAGAUGAAGAAAUCUGCUAGCAAGAAAGAGUGUUCGAUGACGUCUGAAUGGGAGGAAGAGGAUGAAGAAACGGUGGAGAGAAGGAGGCCAGCGACGGCAGCGGCGAGAAGUGAAACGACGACGUGUAAAGAAGAUGAAGCGGUGGAUGCAAAAGCGGAUGAUUUUAUCAACAGGUUUAAGAAGCAGUUGAGGUUGCAGAGGCUUGAUUCAUUUAUCCGCUACAGAAACACCAUGUGAGGAUUUGAUGAUGAUGAUAGAGACAAACCUACAGUGCUAGUAGUAAUUGAAAGAGGAAAAACACAAACAUAUAGGAAAUUGUUUGUGUCAUGGCAUAAUAGUUUAGAGAGUUGUUUUUGUUUUUGUACUAAAUAGUAAAACUGGAAAAAUUGUUGCAUGUGUUUACAGUAUAUGUUAUCCAGAAACGUUUUGGGUGGAUGUGAUGAGAUUGUACUACAUUUGUAUUAAUACUGUUGCAGUUGCCACUA